AUGUUACAGGGGAAGCGGCAGGAGUUAGAGUUAUUGAGCCGAGAUCUUAAAAUGGCAGCCGAUUCCAAUGACAGAAAAGAAGCUGAGUCUUCUGGCUCCAAAGACCGGGAGCGGAAACGCAGUCCGCUUAGAGAUCGGGACCGAGACCGCAAAGGGUCCCCAUUACGAAAGAGGCAUCGUUCACGUGAGCGCAACAGGUCCAAAUCUGCAGAGAGAGAUCGACGAGGAAAAGACAAAGACAGAGAAAAGGACAGAGACCGGGGGCGCAAGGACAGAGAUGCACAUCGACGAAAAAAAUCAAGAAGUCUAUCGCCCAAAUCCAAAGAUGCCAAAAUGAAGAGGGAGAAGGAUAUAAAGGGCGAGGAGGAAGACGACGACAUAAAGAAGAAAGAAAAGUUCCAGCCACUUUCUUUAGAAGAACUUUUGGCAAAGAAAAAAGCAGAAGAGGAGGCAGAAGCUAAGCCAAAGUUCUUGUCCAAAGCCGAACGAGAGGCCGAAGCGAUAAAACGUCGAGAGCAACAGACGGAAGAAAGAAAAAAGAUGAUCGACGAGGAAAGGAAAAAGAGGAGAGUUUUUCAAGACAUGGGCCGCAAAAUGAUGGAGGAUCCUCAGGAGAGAGAGCGGCGGGAGAGGAGAGAGCGCAUGGAGCGAGAGAACAACGGCAACGAGGAGGAUGAUGGACGGCAGAAGCUCAGAGAGGAAAAGGACAAGGGCAAAGAACUUGUGGCCAUUAAGGAACGUUACCUCGGAGGAACGAAGAAGCGCAGACGAACUCGCCACUUAAACGACAGAAAGUUUGUGUUUGAAUGGGACGCUUCCGAGGACACGUCUGUAGAUUACAACCCGAUUUACAAAGAGAAGCACCAGGUUCAGUUGUACGGCCGAGGGUUCAUCGCUGGCAUCGACUUGAAGCAGCAGAAAAGGGAUCAGUCUCAUUUCUACGGCGACCUGAUGGAGAACAGACGCACCAUAGAGGAGAAGGAGCAAGAAGAGACGAGGCUGAAGAAGAUGCGUAAGAAGGAGGCGAAGCAGCGGUGGGACGACCGACACUGGUCCCAGAAGAAACUGGACGAGAUGACAGACAGAGACUGGCGUAUCUUCAGAGAGGACUACAGCAUCACCACCAAAGGAGGGAAGAUCCCCAACCCCAUCCGCACAUGGAAGGAGUACGCUCUGCCCCCACACAUCCUGGAGGUCAUCGACAAGUGUGGAUACAAGGAUCCGACCCCGAUCCAGCGGCAGGCCAUCCCCAUCGGGCUGCAGAACAGAGACAUCAUUGGAGUGGCUGAGACUGGCAGCGGUAAAACUGCUGCUUUCCUCAUCCCACUGCUCGUCUGGAUCACCACUCUGCCCAAGAUCGACAGAAUUGAGGACUCCGACCAGGGCCCUUACGCUGUUAUUUUGGCCCCCACUCGUGAGUUGGCUCAGCAGAUCGAAGAAGAGACCAUCAAGUUCGGGAAACCUCUGGGGAUCCGCACCGUGGCCGUGAUCGGAGGUAUCUCCAGAGAGGACCAGGGCUUCAAGCUCCGAAUGGGCUGCGAGAUCGUGAUUGCCACUCCCGGUCGUCUCAUCGAUGUGUUGGAGAACCGUUACCUGGUGCUGAGUCGCUGCACGUACGUGGUCCUGGACGAGGCUGACAGGAUGAUUGACAUGGGCUUCGAACCGGACGUCCAGAAGAUCCUGGAGUACAUCCCAGUGACCAACCAGAAGCCAGACACCGACGAGGCAGAGGACCCAGAGAAGAUGAUGGCCAACUUUGUGUCUGGGAAACAUAAAUACAGACAGACGGUCAUGUUCACAGCCACCAUGCCUCCUGCUGUGGAGAGAUUGGCGAGAAGUUACCUUCGGCGCCCCGCGGUGGUAUACAUCGGCUCUGCAGGCAAACCUCACGAGAGAGUGGAACAGAAAGUCCUGCUCAUGGGAGAAGGAGAGAAAAGAAAGAAGUUAUUGGAAGUUUUGUCUCGUGGUUUCGAGCCUCCAAUCAUCAUCUUUGUCAACCAGAAGAAGGGCUGCGACGUGCUGGCUAAAUCCCUCGAGAAGAUGGGGUACAAUGCGUGUACGCUGCACGGUGGCAAAGGGCAGGAGCAGAGAGAGUUCGCUCUGUCCAACCUCAAAGCCGGAGCCAAAGACAUCCUGGUGGCCACAGACGUUGCAGGUCGUGGUAUCGAUAUCCAUGACGUGUCGAUGGUGAUGAACUACGACAUGGCCAAGAACAUCGAAGACUACAUCCAUCGUAUCGGUCGUACGGGACGUGCCGGUAAGAGCGGUGUCGCCUUGACGUUCCUCACCAAAGAGGACGCAGCAGUUUUCUACGACCUCAAACAGGCCAUUAUGGAGAGUCCCGUGUCCACCUGCCCUCCAGAGCUGUCCAACCACCCAGAGGCCCAGCACAAACCUGGAACCAUCCUCACCAAGAAGAGGAGAGAGGAAACCAUAUUCGCAUAA